AUGACUGAACUAGAGGUACCUGAUCCUCUGGUGGUGGAACGGUACACUAUGUGUCUGUGGCCAAAGAUUUUGCUGCCAAACUCAGAUAAACCUGUCACUACUGAAGGUCGUAAUCAUCUCACGAAAGCUCUGGGUACCGUCAUCCAUCUCCUUUUUCAAGCAAAGAUUGAAACAGCGGAUUUCCAGCGAUCUGAAUGCUGGGAUGAUAUGACUGAGUGUUGGAAGCCAUUCGGUAUUGAGGACUUUGUGGCGAUGUUGCGCUACACCUAUUCCAUGGCCAUCAGUGUGUUCAGGGACUUCGAGCAGCUGCCAAAGCAUUACCAAGAGGCUGAUGCCUAUCUCCAACCGCUUAAUCCGAUGGCUUCUGGAGACUACACGGGCAACACCAUGCGUGGGAUGGCAAGAAUGAUCCACAUAACAGCAACAUCCUUGAACCAUGUUGUUAAAAAUCUAACCAAGAAGAUUUGGGCAAGUAAGGGUGGAGUUCCUACUGAUGAGAAAGAGAUGCCUGCUGUCCCUGACCAGGUGGUCCCGGCCAUUGAUCUUCGCUGCCUUCGUCUAUGGUGCGUAUUGAACACCAAGAAGAAGCGUCAAGAGUUUGAAAACCCCCAAAACACAUUGGAAGAUAUGGCAAAAAUCCUUAGAGGGUUGAAGGUCAUCAUUGAUCCGUGCUACAAAGAAGCCGGAGUUGGUUUCAGGCCGUCAACAGCGCGAAAGCUUCAGAAAAUUACAGAGGGUCAGAAGAAUGUGCUCGACUACAAUGUCCCACUUAUGAUCCAUAUCUGUACAGGGAUGGGUAAGGUAAAGGGCAAACCAUUCUACGUCAUCCACGACUCGACCGCCAUUGGCGGCACCCAAGAACGCCUAAGCGGUUUGCCUCACUACUACGAUAUCCGAUUGAACGCACGCCACCAGCACUUCGGCAACGUCGAUGUUAUGAAAUGGAGAAGGGCUUUGGAAGACCUUCGUGAGUUUGACGAGGCCGACAAAGGCAUCGAGGUCAGCGACGACAGACUCAGAGAACUUAAGGCUGACGGACUGAAAAUCACUUGCAAGGAGCAUGCAAUCCUAAUGAUGGGCCGAGCCUAUGUGGCUAAUCUAGCCAUCGGUUUGCCCGAUACGCGAGAGCCUCCUCCUCCUACACAGCUGCAAGAUCUCGACAUUUGCAAGGCGAAGCCUCUCAGAGACUGUUCCAAUCACAUUGCCCGGCCCUUCUCUACCUCGGAUGCAACUAAAGCAGCCUAUUGUUGUUGGAUGUGCAAAGUGACUUUGAGGUACGCAGAGCCAACGAAUCCUACAGAGCUGCAUGACGGCCUCAACAUAAACGCCUCCAGCCAAACCUUCUUCAGAGACCGCAGCCAAAUUCCCCAUUCUUGCGCAGAAGUUAUUUGCUCUAAGUAUUGUGUUAUUCUGGAGGAACACAAGAGAGCAAGGGAUAAGGCAGAGGAGAAGAAGGAGGAGAAGAAGAAGAAGGAGGAAGAAGACAUGAAGAAGAGGCGGGAGGAGGAGCAGAAGAAGAGGCGGGAGGAGGAGCAGAGAAGGAGGAUGGAAUACUAUCAAAGCAGGGGCAGGUACAGUCAUGUUACUCGCAGAUGA